AUGGAGCUCGUGGAAAUCGCAGCGUCAAAUGGCGAUGAGCUGGUGCAAGCGGAAGCCCAGCAGCGAUUCGUAGCGCUAGAAUUUCCUGCUCAUUAUGGGUCCAACGUCAUGCAGCACCUGGCUGCGACGUUCCAGCCGCUCACUUCGCUCGGGUUCGCGCACUUGAAGCGCCUGAAAAAGCAUCCGAAAGCUUCGAAGACGCUCGUGGCACUUGUUUGUCCAUUAGAUUCGACGUUUACUUAUGACGUUGGCUGCGCAAAGGCCUCACCAAAUGUGCAGGAAUUAGAGACGCUGUUUCAAGGUCGUCUCACGGCCGUCGACGCGCUGAAAAACGCACCACGCAGUCGUGUCCUUUUCGAGAAACACUCGAAGAACUGGCCGCUGGUUUUCCACGCCAGUGUCCAUGACGUUGCAGCGUCGCUAACCAUUGAGAAGGAGGAAAUGCGCAGGAUGCUGGAACACUUGAGAGCAGCAGUGGAGGAUGGAAAAACGAUGACGGCAAAGAGACACAAGGCACUGACUUGUGCGUGGGUGUGUGUGGUUGUCGACCCUCUUCUGGACAAGCACGUGGCGACGUCGAACGUGUGCGACAAGAUGUCGGUAAAGUAUGCGUUCGAGCCGCUGUAUCAUCCAGUGAUGGUAGCAAUUGACGCCGUUGCAGGACGUGAUCGACGACGAGAAGGUCCAAUGAAGGACGAGAUGGGUCACCAAAAGAAGCAAAAGAAGAGCCACGAGAGGGACGAGACCGCGCAGUGCGAGGGGGACAAGGGGGACAUGAAGCAUAGUGAAUCUUACUUGUGCACGGGGUAUGACGUGUAUCUUGACUGCGAACCGUGUGCUAUGUGCGCCAUGGCGUUGGUACACAGUCGCGCUCGACGUGUCAUAUUCGAUCGCGAUAAUCCUGGCGACGGCGUGCUCGUGAGUUCGUUCAAGCUGCAUACCAUAACUUCGCUGAAUCAUCACUAUCGUGUUUUUCGAUCGAAAGCAAUGUCUGGAUCGUAG